AUGUCUGCGAUGAUGAUGAUGACCAACACGUAUUCCGCAAAGCUGGUUUCGGCGAAACACCAAUCGUCCGUUUCGGGAUCCAAAUUGCGAUCGAAUAAGUUUUUCGUUCCGAGACGAGGACAACAACAACGUUCUUCGGUGAAAGUUCGAGCGGCGGCGGACGGGUUUGACGCGGACGAGCUCAUGAAAAAGUACGACGAGAUCACGAACAAGAUUCCGCCGAUCGUUUCCGCGGCGACGGUGCCAAUCGUCGGCUUGUCGUUGCUCUCGAAAACCUUCACCGGGCACGGGUUGCCGGGGACCUUUUUGGGCGCUUUGGAAGGCGUCUCGUGGUUGGUGUUGCCGCUCGGGUUCGGCUCGUUGUACCCAAGAUUGGCGGAUAUUUUCAACGAAGGCUCGUAUGAACCGGCGAAAGUGCUCGAGAUGUUGACCAAGGAGAGAACGUACGAAAAAUACGGCGAAGACUCGAGAGGGAAGAACGCGACGGAACGCGUGGCGAACAUUUCCGGGAAAGUCGACCCGAACUCGCCGUUGGCUGAACAAAUGGCCGAUUUGAAGAAGAGAGAGGAAGAGUUGGCGAAAGAAACGCCAGAAGAGAAAGCGGCGAGAGAGAAGUUACGCGCGGAGUUGGCGGCGAGCGCGAUUGGUAUGGCGAACGCCAAGUCGAAGAGUGACGAAGCGGAUGCCGAUUCCAAGGGGAGAGAUUCUUUGUUAGCGCAACCAGUCACGCAAACGUUAAAGGAUAACAUGACCGUGGAAAAUUACGACGUGGACGUGACGAAGUUUGACGACAACGCGUUGGGAUCGACGUUGAACUUGUCGAGCACGGAGGUGGACAAAGGAGCGCCGAAGUUGAACAAAGGGGACAAGUGGAAGGAACAAUACAGAACGGACGAAAACGCGGCGGGGAAGAGCGAUGAUUAG